UUUGUUCAUUUUAGUAUUAGAUUUGGGUGCGCUACCUAUAAAUAAAGCACCAGCCGUAUCCGCAACACUCACCACUCCUUGGGCCGGUUCAAUUCCAUGCCUACAGCUCACGUACGUCCCUCGGUAGCGCACGAUACCACACCUUCAUCUUGUAUAACUGGCCGGUGACCGGUGGUGGGACUCCGAAGGUUACGAAUUCCGCUGCCGCCAUGAUGACUCCUGAGCCAUCACAGCAAGAACCGCCCAACGGAGACGGCAAAGAUGAGGAAGCAAAUCGUCUCUUGCCCUCAAAAUCUCCUUCGUCACUGUCGCCAUCAUCGGACGAGGAGGAGGUCGCGUACGAAUCUAGAGAGAAAAUAUCAAUCGUCGAUUUGGAAGGCGAAACCCUAGAGUCCCUCGAUGCCUCCGCGACUCCGCCCUUCUCGUGGAAGAAGCUGUGGCUAUUCACGGGACCAGGGUUCCUGAUGAGCAUUGCGUUCCUAGAUCCCGGAAACCUUGAAGGGGAUCUUCAGGCGGGAGCCAUUGCAGGGUACUCGCUGCUAUGGCUAUUGAUGUGGGCGACGGUUAUGGGGCUCUUGAUCCAGUUAUUGUCGGCGAGGGUUGGGGUGGCCACGGGGCGGCAUCUUGCCGAGCUCUGUAGGGAAGAGUAUCCGACAUGGGCUGGGCGGUUGUUGUGGUUCAUGGCGGAGUUGGCCUUGAUCGGGGCUGAUAUCCAGGAGGUGAUUGGUAGUGCCAUUGCAAUUAAGAUUCUUAGCCGUGGAUUUCUUCCGCUUUGGGCUGGAGUUGUAAUUACUGCGUCCGAUUGUUUUAUCUUUUUGUUUCUUGAAAACUAUGGAGUGAGGAAGUUGGAAGCUGUUUUUGCAGUUUUCAUUGCAACAAUGGGACUUUCAUUUGCCUGGAUGUUUGGUGAUGCAAAGCCCAGUGGAAGGGAACUUCUGAUAGGUGUUUUGGUUCCAAAACUUAGCUCAAAAACAAUUCGGCAGGCAGUGGGAGUUGUUGGUUGUGUUAUAAUGCCUCAUAAUGUAUUUUUGCAUUCUGCUUUGGUACAGUCCAGGAAGAUUGACCCCCACAGAAAAGGUCGGGUUCAAGAGGCACUCAACUACUAUUCAAUUGAGUCGACAGUUGCCCUUCUAAUCUCUUUCAUGAUCAAUUUGUUUGUGACAACUGUUUUUGCAAAGGGAUUUUAUGGUACUAAACAGGCCGAUGGAAUAGGCCUAGUAAAUGCAGGGCAGUAUCUUGAAGAGAAGUAUGGGGGAGGUGUUUUCCCAAUACUUUAUGUCUGGGGUAUUGGACUAUUGGCAGCUGGACAGAGUAGUACCAUAACUGGCACAUAUGCUGGGCAAUUUAUCAUGGGAGGCUUUCUCAAUCUCCGUCUGAAGAAAUGGCUAAGGGCAUUGAUAACACGUAGUUUUGCUAUUGUGCCUACUAUGAUUGUAGCUCUUGUUUUCAACAGAUCUGAAGCUUCACUGGAUGUUUUAAAUGAAUGGCUUAAUGUACUUCAGUCAAUGCAGAUUCCUUUUGCACUUAUUCCCCUUCUUACUUUAGUGUCCAAGGAACAGGUUAUGGGUGUCUUCAAGGUUGGACCACUUUUAGAGAGAGUGGCGUGGACUGUGGCUGCCCUUGUAAUAGUGAUCAAUGGGUAUCUUCUGCUGGAUUUCUUCAUGGCUGAAGUUGAUGGAGUGCUAUUUGGUUUUCUGGUCUGUGCUGGCACAGCUCUAUAUGUAGCAUUUAUUUUUUAUCUUGUAUCACAUGGUGGUGUCCUUUCUUCUACUUGGUUCAGCUUAGUAACAUCCAAGAGGUUUCCUUUCAUUGGGAGUUGAGGGACUUAAAAAAUAUCAUAAUCAUUCUGUCCACUGUCUGACAAAUUUCAAAGAGGGCUAUUCCCCCAAUGGAAGCAGUUUUCUACAAGAAGCCUCUUUCUAACUUUUGUGCAUGGGUGAUGUAAGUGUACAAAUUUAUGAAAAAGGUGAAUCUUUUUUUAAAUGCACUUCUCCACAUGCUGGAGGCACCGGGUUGCACUUUAUGCUUUGGAUCAUCUGAAGAUAUUCUUUUCUCCAUCCUAGAGGAUGAACUAAACACAUCCACCUGCCACAGGAUAAAGGUAUUUCUCUGCUCCAAUUCUUGAAGGGGGGUUGGAGGGAAAGAUUCAACGUAGCAAGUAAAAAUUUUAGAAUGAACCAUUUAGUUUUCUUAUGCUGUAACUGAUGGAUGUUAUUGUAUAGGGUAGAAUCGAAUGGGCACUUGUUUCCAAUCAAAUAAUGCAAAGGUGAAAUGAAUUUUGCCAAUUUGUUGUGCACCA